GGUGCAACGACGGGCGCACACUGCACACACGCCAAUUCACUUCGCUGCGGCCUCGCAAGACUGGCAGUUGAAUUUCGUCCUGACAGAAGCGUGGAACCGACCAGGCCGAGCAGAGCGCUCCGCAGCACUUCACACACUCGUCGCGCGGUGGUUUGCCUUUAGGUACUUUCGUCCGACGGUUUCGCACCGUGCAAAUUGCGAGCAGUUUUUGUGCUUGUAUCAUGCGAGCGGCGAUUGCAUGCAAUCCGUCAAUCAAUUGAACACAAAUCGGACGCACGCUCUCGCAGGAGCAGCACACCGCAAACCCCUGGAAGGAACGCAACCAGUUGUUACACCAUCAAUUCUGAGAUUCGCGCGCGUGGUGUUGUGGUAAAUUGUUGUCUAGGGCCUAUAGUGCUAUAGUGCUUUUGUGCUUUUAGGGCAAAAGCGAAGCGCUCCGCGGAAAACUUUCGUCUAACCUGUUGCGCGCGUACUGAAUCCCCGACAUCGGUAGUGGAUCGUGCUUCUCGGGUCGUUGGCGGCGGCGGCGGCGGCAAGCUACCCACACACCAGUUACAUUGUGUUACACUUUUGGUCUGGUGUGAAUGUGUGCAGUUGCAUCUCACACCGCGUGUUGCGUGUGUAUAAGUUGGUGCCAGUAGCCGUCGCUUCAGUGAUCAUAAUUCAUCGCCACGUGUGUGCAUUCGGGAAGUGACUUAACACAACUCUACUAAAAUAUACAUUGUGACAUUGAUCAUAUCAAGUGUUAGAAAACAAUAAACUAAAAAUGUCCGAUUCGCAAUCAGAAUACGACUCAAAGAUGGCCGUGGUAAAUGCUUCAUCCACCUCUGCAUCUCGACGCACACCACCAAACUGCGCACGUUGUCGAAACCAUCGAUUGAAGAUCCCACUGAAGAGUCACAAGCGUUUCUGCAAGUUCCGCUCCUGCAAGUGCGAGAAAUGUAAACUCACCUCUGAACGUCAGCGCGUGAUGGCAAUGCAGACAGCAUUACGACGCGCACAACAACAAGACGAACAGAUGAUGAAAACCAGUAGCAAUUUCAUGCCGAAAAGUCCGUCGCCGAUUCAUCAUUCGCAACACCCGCUCCUCGGCAACAACGGUAGCAGUCCGAGCGCUGGUGGCGGCGGCGGCGGCAGUGCAGGAGCUCCCAUAGAACGAAGCAUCGACUGUGACUCACCCGCCUCCUCGCAGUGCUCCACUACGCAAGCCGUCUCUGAUAAAGUCAACGGCGAAGUCGUUGCCAUUUCAUCCACCAGCAUCAAAUCAGUGGUUUGUACUGACCUUUUGGAAGACUGUCAGCGACUCUUGGAAAAGUUUCGGUAUCCAUGGGAGAUGAUGCCUUUGAUGUAUGCGAUAUUGAAGGAUUCCAAUGGAGACCUGGAGGAGGCGACAAAGCGAAUCGACGACGGCAAACGCGUGGUGAUCGAAUACUCAAGAAUUUACAACCUCAACAUGUACGACGGCGUCGAACUACGAAACUCCUCGCCAAACAUAGAAUUGCCGUAUAUGGCGGCAUUGGUGCGCUACUAUCCGCGUCUAGACAUGGACACCUUCAAUCAGAUGAAAGCUCGCAUGAAGAUGUACCAGCACACCGGUUACAUGGCACCUGGGUUCAUCGAGCCGUUCAACGAGCCAAUCACCAACCUUCAAUUUGCACCACUUCUCACUACCACAUCCUUGCGACCACGGAGCCGAUGCUGAAUUUGAUGGCCGACUGGAUAUCAAUCAACUUCCGACGCACAACUUACUCGUCAGCUCGGCGCGUCGACCAGGAAGCGCUUAAGCAAAAUCCGAUGCCAUCGGAAGUUGUACUAAUUGUUAAUAAUUUUAGCGAUUUAUCACUAGUUAUGUUCCGUUUAUUAAUAAGGUUACAAAUUGGUUGCGUCGACUUGAAAUUUCUUCAAUCGCAGUAUCGUGUUCUCUAGUGUGAUUUCAAAACGUCUUCUAAAAAUCAAGUGUCGUUCAAAAUUGAUCUAGUUUUUUACAUUAAAUGUAAUCAAGAUAUUUUGCAAAUUCGUGAAGACAUAAAACCUUCAGUUCUGAUUUAUCCAAACAAUACUAAUGAUAAAUGAAAGUCCUAUCUACAUUACAAGCAUCAUAAUAUUAAAAUAUGUGCAUGUAUGAUAAACAUGUAACAUUUUCUUAAUUAUAUCUUAAAUAUACAAGAAAACUAUAAAAUGUUAUUUAUUAUUAUGUAAUUUUUAUUUAUGAAUUGAUUAAGAUAGUGUUUUUCAUGAACCGUUAAAACUUUGUCACUGUUGACUUAAGAAUACACUGUAGAUGUUACAAACGUUUUAAAAGAGUAGCCACCAUAAGAUAAGAUAAUAUGUAAAUACUGUGUCCGUCUUUAACAAAUUAUAAUCUAAAGGAACUUCAACAUUCGUCCAAAUCUGGCUUGUAUCUAGAAUGUUAAUUAAUAACGUAAUCUACAUGUAUACUGCUCUGCAAAAUUUAAUAUGAUGAUUUACUCUUUUUAUAAAAUCGUAGAUGAAAAGACGUUUUGCGCAACAGAUUCUUAUUUUUAACUCUGUUUGGAACUUCACGUUGGCAACACAAAUAUAUAUGCACCAGAGUGCCGUCUCGUUUGUCACUCAAAUUGUUCACGCUUUGUUGAGCGAAGUUGGCCACAAUUCAGCAAUACAAUUCAAAAUUUCUAUGUACUAAAGUACUGCUCGUACAGUUACAGUUUUAAUUUAGUUAUAGAGUAAUGAAAUAUUAUGCCAAAUAAAUGUUCUACUUAUACUAAUUAUAUUGCUAGGCACAACUGCGUGUGACAUGGAUUGAAAUGAAAUGAAAAUGAAACCUAAAAAUGCAAAUGUUAAAGUUUGAAUAUUUGUGGUACAAACCAAUGAUAAAACUAAAACAAUGCACACACAAGACAAACACAACUUACUUUGUACUUUAUUGUUCGAAAAUUGUUUGCGAAGCGAUUGUAAUUGUAUCAAACUUCUUGUAACUAUUACAUUACCUUAAAACUACUUUAGUAAUAAUAAUAUUGAUAUUAAUAGCUUACAAACAAACCUUUACACGAUUUAUUGUCGCGAUGAUGAUCGUUAGUCUUUUUAGGAACUUGUGAUAUGAUGGUGAUUCUUCUUUGGCGAACUGGCAUAUUAAACCCAUUGUGAAGGUUUAAAGCAUGUAAAUUCGGGAGUAUUCCUUGCAAUACGAACGGUGCUGCUUGGUGAUCACAUAGUGUUAAGCUAUGAAAAGUGAAAAGAAAGUCAUUUCUCUCAUCCGAAACGAAUUUAUUAGAUUGUAAGCAACUCAAGCAAACUGAAAUAUAAAGAACUGUAAGGAUUUAUAAACACAUAUAAAUAUAUACAUAAUAUCUAGUUAUCGAUAAACGGAAUAAGUGAUGUGGUUGCAAGAAGCAAGGAAUGUAGAGAUUAGAAAAUAAAUGCUGAGUGUUUUAUUAAUUGAA